AUGUUUGACAAAAGUUUAUUUCAAACCGAAUUUCAGUACCACAAGAGGUCAUAUACUGUUGCUGAAAUUGAAUCAUGGAUAAAAAUUCAUAAAGAAAAAUUGAGUCAAGCCACUGACAGUAAAAAAGCCAAGGUUUUCUCCAUACACAAACUUGCAUUUGUCAAUGCUAGUCAUUUAUCAGGAGAAUUGAUUCAAAGAUGGUUUCAUGAACUGGGAGUAGAACCAAGUCAAGGCUGUUUGGUAUUUGAAAACAAUCAAGAGGAAUUACAGAAAGUCGUUGAUGCGUUACAUGUUUGUGAAGACAAGUAUAUGGAUUUAAUUAGUGGCAAAACUGAAACUCAAGGAUAUAUUGUUUCAAGAAAGAAUAAAAAUGCCAGUGAAGAUUCAGAAUUUGAUUACAUUUGCGAUGAAUUCCAUCCAUUCAAGCCAUAUAAAUCCAAUGUGACUGACUUGAAAUUCACCGAAGUUUCUGGUUAUAACAAAACAGUUGAUCAAUUUUUCUCCACACUUGAGUCUAGUAAAUUUUCCUUAAAGAUUGAACAACAAAAGGAGAAUGCUUCCAAGAGAUUAGAGAAAGCAAAAAGUGAACGUGAUAAGCAAAUUGAAAGUUUAGUGGCUCAACAACAGUUAAAUUCCAAAAAAGGUGAGUUGAUUCAAUAUCAUUCCGAAUUAGUUGAAGAAUGUCGUCGAUAUGUUCAACAAUAUUUAGAUCAACAAAUGGACUGGACAAAUAUCGAAACAGUUAUUGCUCUUGAACAGAAAAAGAACAACCCGACUUCCAAGUCUAUUCAGUUGCCAUUGAAUUUAAAGGACAACAAGAUUAAAGUGUUGUUACCAGAUUUUGAAGAUUACAGUGAUAGCGAAUCUGCUUCAGCAACAGAAACUGAAUCUGAGUCGGAAACUGAGUCAGAAUCGGAAUCAGAUUCAGAUAGUGAUUCCGAUGACGAUAUCCCUGUUAAAAGAGUUCAAAAGCCAGCAAAAACAAAGGCUCCAAAGAAAAAGCAAAAUAUUAUUCCUACUUGGAUUGAUUUAUCAUUAUCCUCAUUUGCUAAUGCCAGAACUUACUUUGAUUCUAAAAAGACUGCUGAAACUAAGCAAGUAAAAGUUGAGAAUAGUACAAACUUGGCACUUAAGAAUGCAGAGAGAAAAAUCAACCAAGACUUGGCCAAAGCUCUUAAACAAGAGAAUGAAACAUUAAAGGAAAUCAGACCCAAAUAUUGGUUUGAAAAAUUCUACUGGUUUGUUUCAUCCGAAGGUUAUUUGUGUUUGGCCGGUAAAGAUAACUCUCAGAUUGAUAUGAUUUAUUAUAGACAUUUCAGUGAUAAUGAUUCUAUUGUUAGUGCCGAUAUGGAAGGUUCGUUGAAAGUUUUCAUUAAAAACCCCUUCCAGGGAGAAGCUAUUCCACCAUCCACUCUCAUGCAAGCAGGUAUUUUUUCCAUGUCAGCAUCAACAGCAUGGAAUGGGAAAGUUACAACUUCUGCUUGGGUUCUUCAUGGCACUGAAAUUUCAAAACGUGACUUUGAUGGAUCUAUUGUGCCAGAUGGCGAGUUUAAGUACCUUGCUAAAAAGGAGUAUUUACCUCCGGCACAAUUAGUUAUGGGUCUUGGAUUUUAUUGUUUGGUUGAUGAAGAAUCCACUAAAAAGUAUGCUGAAAUUAGAUCAAACAGGGAGAAGGAACAUGGAUUAACUAUUGUGGUUGACAACAAGAAAAAGGAUCUCGAAAACAUCAAGUUGAAUAUGCCAGUCGAAUCAGAAAAGAUUGUUGAUGAAGUUAAUGGUGAUCAAGAAGAGGUUGAUGACGAUGAAGAGCCAGACAGUGAGAAUGAUUCAGUUUCUAUUGCUGCUACUGAACCUGAUUCAAUCAAGUCAAAUACCCCAGUCCCAAGAGGUAAGAAAUCUAAACUCAAGAAAACUGCUGCUAAAUACCGUGAUCAAGAUGAAGAAGAAAGAAGACUAAGAAUGGAUGCAUUGGGAACCCUUAAACAACUUGAGGAACAAGAAGAGAAAACCAAAGCACAAGUGCUGGCCAAAGAAGAAGCAUUGAAGAAAGUUCAAGAAAGAGAAUUGGCUAUUGAAAGAAGAAAGAAACAAAAAGAAAGAGAGUUGAAGAAAUAUUUAGCAGAUGAUCAGGAAACAAACGAUGAAUCUCAUAUUACAAAUUAUUUAGAGAUUUUGGAUUCAUUCAGAUCAAAACCAUCAGUCAACGAUAAGAUCAUUGGUAUUGUUCCUGUUUUUGCUCCAUGGUCCUCCUUACAAAAGUUUAAGUACAAGGUGAAGAUUCAGCCAGGUUCAGGCAAAAAGGGGAAAUGUAUUGGAGAUGCCAUUAAUUAUUUUACCACUAGAAAGAUGGAUACAACAAGUAGUGAUACUGACCUUGAUUGGCCACAAGAACGAGAAUUGAUCAAAUCAUUCAAGGCUAAUGAUAUAGUUGGUGUUUUCACUGUUGGAAAAGUCAAAUUGGUGUUACCUGGUGGUGCCAGUGAAGGUAAAGCUGGUGGUAAAUCUGGUGGUAAAUCCGGUAGCAAGUCUGGUGGAAAGAAACAAUCCCAAAAGAAGGGUGGUAAAAAAAAGUAG